GCCCAAACCUCAAAACCAAAUCCAAAUCCUAAUACAGGCCUAUCUCCUAGCUGAACCUGCAAGUUCUAGUUCUAUACAUAUAGAGAAUACAGAUUUGUUAGUUAAAUAAUCCACCCUAAACGUUUUUGUUGGAAAUAUAUCAGUAACCCUUACAGUAAAAUGUGCAAAUAGCAGUUCUCAAAUUGAAAUAAAAUGUAUAAGUAGUGCUGCUCGAUUAAGUUUUGAAUUCUAUUGCUUCUUUCCAAAGAUGUUAAUAAAGAUAAUCUAAGACCUGAUCUGUGGCCUGAUCAUGACAUCGGUGGAAGAGAAGAUUUCAAAACUACGUUGCAUUUUGGAAAAUCUAAACCUUCCAACUAUACGGCAACCCAUAAGAAAUGAAAAAGUUCAAGUGGUAGUUCGGUGUCGGCCGAUGAAUGAGAAAGAGAAGUCCAAAGGCCACCUGAGCGUAGUAAAGUGUUUUCCUUCGAGAGGCGUUGUCGAAAUAUACGACCCUAAAUAUGAAAAAUUGGACCAGUGUAAGAUGUUCGCAUUUGAUGCGGUUUACGACUGGAACUGCACCCAGCAAGAAAUCUACGAUGAAACCGUUAGACCUCUUGUCAAUGCAGUUCUUAGUGGCUUCAAUGGCACUAUUUUUGCCUACGGACAGACAGGAACUGGAAAAACAUACACCAUGGAAGGAACGAAGAGUGAUGAAAACGCCAAAGGAAUCAUUCCAAAAACAUUUGACCAGAUUUUUGACCACAUCUCCAGAUCUCAAAAUAUGCAGUAUUUAGUGAGAGCUUCAUAUCUCGAGAUAUACCAAGAUGAAAUAAGAGAUCUGCUUGACAAAAACCCUAAGAAAAAAUAUGAGUUAAGAGAGAAUAAGGAAAUGGGUGUUUAUGUGAAGGACGUGCAAUCAUUUGUGUGCAAGAGUGUGAAGCAGAUUGAGCGGAUAAUGGCAGCAGGCAAUCAAAACCGAACUAUUGGAGCUACAGAUAUGAACGAGAGGAGUUCAAGAUCUCACGCAAUCUUCAUCAUUACGGUAGAGAUGAGUGAUACUAUGGGACCUCUGGAGAACAGAGUGAGGGUGGGAAAGUUGAAUCUGGUAGAUCUAGCUGGCAGUGAACGUCAGAACAAGACCAACUCUGAGGGAAAAAGGUUGAAAGAGGCCAGCAAGAUCAACCUGUCACUGACGGCCCUGGGUAAUGUGAUAUCAGCGCUUGUUGAUGGCAAGGGACAACACAUCCCUUACAGAGAUUCAAAACUCACUCGACUUCUCAGAGAUUCACUGGGUGGCAACUCUAAAACUCUGAUGGUGGCGAACAUCGGUCCUGCUAGUUACAACUAUGACGAGAGCUUGAACACCUUGCGUUACGCCUCCAGAGCAAGAAACAUCAAGAACGAACCUCGAGUCAACGAAGACCCAGUAGACGCUCUCCUCAGGAAAUACCAGGAAGAAAUUAAGAGACUAAAGACUCAACUCGCUGAGAGAGCAGCACAAAAAGAACAAAGACACAAAAGUGGAAAGAAGAAGAGGUCAAGUGCUAAAAUGGACGAUUCCAUAAUAUCAAACGCCUCCUCUGACUUAUCUGACACAAUUAAAGACGAAGACAAUAUUUUGACUGAAGACAAUGAACUGAGGAAGAAAUCGGAUGUGGAGAAAGAGCACGUGGAAGAAUUGAUGAAGCGUAUUCAGUCGAUGGAGAGCAAGUUGCUCCGAGGUUCCACGAGCAUUCUGGACCACACUAACGAGCAGCAGCGAGCUUUGGAGGCUCGGGAGAGAGAGAUCCAUGAGAGGAAGCAAAGAGAGCAGGAAAUACAGCAGAUGCUUGAAAUGCAAGAAGAAACUGCUGAAGAAAUCAAAGAAGAGUAUUCAAAUUUACAGCAAGAGGUAGAAUUCAAAUCAAAGAAACUGAAGAAGCUCUACCAUAAACUACAAAACAUUCAGCAGGAAAUUCAUGAUGUAACUGAAGAAUUCAAUACAGACCGAAGAGAGCUUGAAAUGACUCAAAAUGAACUCCUAAAGGAUUUAAAAUUAAGGUUAGUCAUCAUAGAAAAUUUCAUUCCCCAUGAAGAAAGGAGGCGUAUUCUGUCGAGGUUGUUUUACGAUGAAGGUUUAGACGCUUGGAAGGUGAUGCCUGAGUCAGAACCAGUGCAAGUUCUACCCAAACCGCAAUGUGUUGAGAACAUGCGUAAACCUGUUUCUCUCUACACUGCCUUCACUCUGAGGAAAGUUAACCAGAUGUACCGAGCUGACCGUACCCCAGAAAAUAUGGAGAAAACUUUCCGUUUCAAGGGUGAAAACAUUUUGGAAUUGGAGUUGGUUAGCCCACUGAGAACUACUCGGGAUUACGAGAGUCCGAAAAUGUCACCAGUUCUCAAGUCGAUAUUCGAAGCUGCUCUGCAAGUCGAAGAAGACAUAGAUGUUGAUGCAGCCAGCCCUUCUUUGAGGAUGAAUUCUUCCAGAUCCAAGUCAGCUGUGGGGAGAACAGGAAUUGUGCCCCCUCGUACUGUGCCCAAGCAGUUCAAGGGAGCCCUGAAUCCAGCACCCGUCUACCCGAAAGCACGGGGUUGGGUUCCUAAAUAACAGAACAUUCUUUAACGGUUAUAUUAUUAAGUUUUAACUACAAGUUUCUAUUGUUUCUAGUCUUAGUCAGAGUUAAGAACAGUCAUGUUACUAAUACUCAUCAGGCAAUUGUGAUUUUGUUAUUUGUAUUAUGCUCUUUUAGGCUGUACGAGUGUUGAACCAAAGGAUAAGUCUGAAAAUAGUUUGGCCUGGACAAACCAAUUAUUCAAACGUAUGUUUCCUUAACACGUUGAGUGCGGCAUGCGACACCGUAACAGCAAACACAAUUGGCAUUCAAAUAUUUUAAUCUGACGAAUAACAAAAGAGCAGAGGUGAUUGUACUACGUUACCCCUAGAUUGGACGUAGUUCUCUGAAACACCCUAAGGUAGCAGCACUGCCUGGAUCAGUAAUCAGUAUCUUUGUAAUGUGGCUUGAAGAGAGAAAAUCCCCAAAACCGGGACAAAAGCAUUUCCCACAGGAUUUUACGGGAAAUUUUAGUACCAACCUUCACCAAAAUAAAGCUCACCUUCUAAACUACAGGCUAGCAACGAUUAUAAUAUAACGUUCCCCAGCAAUGGCUGAGCUCAAACUAAACUAAUGUAGUGGAGGUUGCAAAUACAUCAAUUGGUGUAGGCCGAUAGGAGCGCUCGUGGCAAUUGAUGUAGUCAGCACUCAACGUGUUAAUUACAUUAUCAUCUAACGGUAACCAAAUUCACUUACCUUUAGAAAAAAAUUCCUCCAAGAGACGAUUUUCGCUCCAUUGAUCUUAUAUAUGCAAUGAUUCUUAGUUGCAUAAAUACAUUUUUGUAGUUGCAUUCAAUAAGCAACAUUUCAAAUCACCUAUAAGCUCAAAAGUAAAACUCAACAAUAGUGUGUUGCUUCCCCUACCUCGUACAGUCUCAGAGACAAUACUUUUUAUUAUGUUUUUUUCUUAAUUUAUAUUUUUUUGUUAUGAUUGUCUAAUGAAGCCAAAGGUUUGAUUUUAAUAAGGAAUUACAGGGUCCUCAAAAAUUCUGGGGACUGAAUUUUAUUUUCUAACUAUUGCAGAUGAUGCAUUGAAGAGUCAAAGAUUGGAGCUAUGAACAAAAGUACUUUACCUAUACAUCUACUUUUUAAACAAAUAUCAAUUUCUUCUAUCAUACUGGGGACGGUUCACAAGGAGUCGGAAGGAAAUCUUUUGGGGAUGAACCUUUUGAGGUUGAGUUUGCAAGUUCUUAUUUGUAAACCCUUUUUGCAUCAUCUGCCAUGGUCAAAAAAUACAAUGCAAUUCCCGGACUUUUUUAGGACCAUGUUUGUUUCUUGUCAUGUGUAGACUUUCAGCUGUAUACAUACCUUCUUCCUCAUCAUUAAACAUAUUUAUGAUUAUUCCUAGGUUAUACAUUCUGGAAGGCACACUUAUUUUCACUCACUUAGGACUAUUUUCUCCACCUGUCAGUUGCUUCGUUUUUCAUAUAAACUUAUGGUUUCAUGCUCUUCUGAACAAGUAUGUGUAGUAAAUGUUGUAAAUACACACCUUUGUUUGUCUCUCAACUAACUAAUUUAAUUGUUGUAUAAAAAUGCAUUUAUAUUUUAUUAACUAUACGUUCACUACUAAAAAAGUUAAUCUCUUUUUAUGAUUCUUUGACUACAUUGUUUUGUACGACUGCAAAAGAGGAAUAGUUUAGUUACCAUUUAUAGUUCAUGUUACCAGUGAGUUGAUAUUUAUUUUUAUUUAUUUGUUAUAUUUUUGUUAUGAAGCAUUGUUGUGCUACUCCGGUUGAGCUUUUGCAGUAUCGUUUGGUAACAGUUUUGUUUAUCUUUGCCUCAAUUAAUAUUUAUUUAUGUUUUGAUUCAGUAUUUUCAGUUAUUUUGUGGUACUAUGAACAUUUCCAUGACAUUCCAUGUGCUUUGUAAUUUUUUUUAUUUAGAAUUGCAAGAACUGUUAAAUUAUUAAGUUUGCUAAAUCAAAAUUGUAAGUUGUAAUGUUGUUAGUACCAAAUAAAAUUUUGUACUUAA